GAGCUACAAUGGGCUUGACUCACUGAUUACACUUUAAUUUAAUUUAAAAGUAUCAUGAUACCAAGAAGUGUCUCUUAUAUGAGAGUACUUGGUACUUUUACUUGUAAUGGAGUAGUUUUACAUUUCUGUCUUGGUAGUUUUUCUCCAGUUGAUGAUCUGAAUACUUCUUACAACACUGGUUAAGUAUGUUUUUGUUGUUAACACUGUUUUGCUUGAGUUACACGUUGACUCUACUUGUAACAGAGUAUUUCUACUCUUUCCACUGUUACUUCAGACUGUGAGUGUAUUGUCGUCUUUGUCCUCCAGUCCAGCAGAGGGCGCUGUUCGCUCUAAGUGAGGUGGCGUCGACCCGGAAGUCGGUGUCUCUUUCCUCCCGCUUGCUCUCUUUGUUCGGGCCGAGACUCGAGGUGCAGAAGAGGAGCAACAUGUUCGCCGUGCAGCUGCUGCGAGUGUCGGUACAUGAGCGGAUCAGCGCCGCCGCCGAAGACUUUCUGCUGCAGGCGGAGGAAGGAGAAGAAGCGGCUCGAGUCCCGGCGCUGAGAGCGCUGCUCACCGAGCGGCUAACGGCGGCGGCGGAGGAGAUCGUCGGUCUGUUGGAGGAAACCGUGGCGGAGUACGAAGACCGAGUGGAGCGGUCCGAGCGGGAGAUCUGCCGCCAGAGGAGGCUGCUCGACGCCGUGUUGAAGCCCGAAGUCAGGCUGCACCGAGCGGACAUCCAGCAGCUGUUUGUGAUUAAAGAAGAGUUUCCCCCUGAGCACCAGCAGUGGAGCCCCAGUGUGAAGCUGAAGGAGCCAGAGCCCCUCCACGUAAAAGAGGAACAGGACGAACUGUGGAGCAGUCAGGAAGGAGAGCAGUUUCAAGUGCUGGAGGAGGCUGAUAUCACUGUGAAUAGUGAAAAGGAUCAAGAGAAACCUCAGUCCUCACAGCUUCAUCAGAGACAGACUGAGGAGAACAGAGAGAACUGUGAAGGACCAGAACCAGGUGGUUUGAGAUGUAACACUGACAAGAAACAAUUCACGUGCUCUGAGUCUGGUCAAUUAUUUAGGAAAAAGGCAGGCCUACCGGUAGGCAUGAGGAUUCAUACAGGAGAGAGACCGUAUCGUUGCUCUGAGUGUGGUAAAAGAUUCAGGAAAAAGUCAGGCCUGCUGAGACAUAUGAUGAUUCAUACAGGAGAGAAACCAUUCCGUUGCUCUGAGUGUGGUAGAAGAUUUAGGUGUAAGUCGCACCUGCUAUCACAUAUGACGAUUCAUACAGAAGAGAAACCAUUCAUUUGCUCUCAGUGUGGACAAAUAUUUGGACAUGAGACAGAUCUGCUGGAUCACACGAGGAUUCAUAUGGAAGAGAAACCAUUCAUUUGCUCUGAGUGUGGACAAAGAUUUAGACAUGAGACAGAUCUGCUGGAUCACAUGAGGAUUCAUACAGGAGAGAAACCAUUCCGUUGCUCUGAGUGUGGUAAAAGUUUCAGGAAAAAGUCAGCCCUGCUGAGACAUAUGAUGAUUCAUACAGGAGAGAAACCAUUCCGUUGCUCUGAGUGUGGUAGAAGAUUUAGGUAUAAGUCGCACCUGCUAACACAUAUGAGGAUUCAUACAGAAGAGAAACCAUCCAUUUGCUCUGAGUGUGGACAAAGAUUUGGACAUGAGACAGAUCUGCUGGAUCACAUGAGGAUUCAUACAGAAGAUAAAACAUAUAGUUGCUCUGAGUGUGGAAAAACAUUUAGGAGAAAGUCAGACCUUGGGAGACAUAUGAGGAUUCAUACAGGAGAGAAACCGUUUAGUUGUUGUGAGUGUGGUAAAAGCUGUAACCAAAAGUGUACUCUGCAGACUCAUAUGAGAGUUCAUAUGGGUGAGAAACCAUAUGGUUGCUAAGGGUGUGGAAAAACAUUUAAGAAAAAGGCAGACACACUUCAUCAUAUGAAAACUCAUACAGGAUAGAAACCAUAUAGAUGCUAUAAGUGCAGUGCAAAAUUUGACCAAGAUAGUAAUCUGAAGAAACAUCAGAGCUCACGCAGUAUAUAGUGUGUAUCUGUGUAUCUUUGUGUGAGGGUCGUGACUGACUACAAUCUUAAAUUGAGACCAGGGGCCUGAACUACACAGUGGUUGUAGUUCCGGUUACCAGUGCGUUCAUGCGAAAGAUGCAGAGUCGUUUCAAUGAUGUGAGAUUUCCCUGAGGUUUUUUUUCAAAAAUGUAAGUGUCUUUCACAAGAAAGUUGCUAGUGUUUUCAGCCAUGACCAUGAGCUGAACAUACAAUAGCAUUAGUUGGGCCUCAACCUUCCGACGACAGAGGAAAGAACGUUGGUUACGUAUUGUAACCUUAGAUUCUAUGAGUAUAGGCAUAGCCCACUAAGACCUGUCGCUAUUGGGUUUAUCCCUGGGAAAUCUGCUCCAAAUGGCCUUAAGCCAAGCAAUCGAGGAACCAAGUUUUGAUUCCACCAUUUAGCCUGUAGUUUCUAUGUUUCUUGUUUGUUAUACUUCUCUAACUUUCGACGCACCAUUACAAAUCGGCCAUUGAUUAGAUAGACACACACACUCUCUUUUUGUGAGAUUGUAUAUUGUUGUUUUCAACUUCUUAUCUUUUAAAUAAAUGUAUCUAAAUGUCAUGUCUGGUCUA